AUGAGUGUACAUCGUGUCAGCGCGCUGAAGUGGAACGGUACCCCGUUCCCCCAUCAAAGCCCAUCUCACAACCCGGCGAACGUUUCGAUGUUGUGCAUAUUGACACCAUUGGCCCGUUACCCCCAUGGCAAUCGCUACCUUCUGACAUGUGUAGAUCGUUUCACCUGCUGGCCCGAAGUGACUCCUAUGGCCGACUUGUCUGCAGCUAUCGUGGCAGCGGGUUUCGUUUCUACCUGGAUAUCCCGAUUUGGCUGUGCGACCACGAUUGUAUCAGACCGGGGUCACCAGUUCAAAUCUUUCCUCUUUUCGGAGCUCCUGAAACAUCUUGGUAUUUCCCGGCUGCAUACAGCGUCAUACUAUCCGCAAACAAACGGCCUCGUCGAGAGAUUCCACAGGCACCUCAAAGCAGCAGGCGCAGCACACGGCUGCCCCGACAGGUUCGUUGACCACCUCCUGCUCACCCUACUCGGAAUUCAAUCUUAUUUCAAGGAGGAACUCUCCUGCUCCACUUCCGAGCUUGUUUAUGAAACUUCGCUUUACCUGCCUGCCGAUUGCUUCGAAGAAAGCGGCAGUGCCACCCAGCUAACAGCAACAGAGUACGUCGAGCAGCUGCGUGGCGUCUCUCAAUAG